GGUUGCGGUGCACUGAUGCUAUCUUGCUGGUCGGGCUGAACCCAUGAUAGUGGAAACGUAAAUGGUUGAGAAAAUUGCCAGCGUUCAUUACAGCCAUUACCUGUAAUUAAGUUGACAGGUGAGAUUGUCACGCUGUAGCCUCACCUGAGAAAACAAAACGCGGUUAGUUACUGUCAUUGUACAGGGAGGCGGUACAUGGUGGGACAGAUUUGAUUCGCAGCAGACUCCUGAGCCAAGUUUGUUGUCCCUGAAUCAGCUUAGCCCCCGGGGCAGAUCCAUUACCUGCUUUACAGCUCCGCAGUGAAUGGGAACCUCACCAAGUCAGGACAAUAAUACAUCAAGUCUAUCCAUGUAUUUUUCAUUAGCCUACGAACAUCAAACGUCUACUGUCCAAAAAAACACUUAAAAACUAGUUUAGUUUGUUAGAGAAGAAAUAUUAGUUGUUUACUCCCAGGGUUUGGGGAGAUAUCGACAGGACGACACAGUGACUCUUCCACUUACGAAACCACCAGAUCAAUGUCAGUGUAGAGAUAUUAAAAGUGUUUCGUCGACAAAGCGACCCUAUGACUACGAGAUAAUGUUUUUGUCGAUAUACCUGAUGAUACAGAACCUACCGUCUCUGGCUGUCUCUCAAACAAUCUGAAUGUAAUCACAAACGAUUGUUUUUGUAAAGUUUUAUUGAACAUUUUCCAACACCAACGAAGUCGAACUUUCAAAAUGACGUCACUUCUGGAUUGUCCAUUGGUCCUCCUGCUGCUGUGUUUGGCGAAUCAGGCGAAAGGAGACGGCUUGGCGAUACGACUUCCCCAGUUUGACAACAAGCUGAUGACGACGUACCUGAUCAACAGUUACAGCGAUGCCUUCAGUCUGACGUGGUGUGCCGUCAAGUGUUACAACGCUCUCAAAUGUGGGUCAUUCUUCUAUAACAAGGGAGACAAGUCGUGCAAGCUUCAUUCCGUCUUGUUCAUCACGCCAGGAGACGCUGCAGCACAUCCGGGUUCUUGGUAUUUCCAGAUGACAGAAGCUCGAUGUCCGAAUGACGCCGGAUACGUGCUGCACCGGUCACCGGUCCUAUGUUACAAGGUCCAUAUGGAGAAGCAGACGUACGACCAGGCCAAGGUCACGUGCCAGACAGAGGCCGCCACUCUCCUCAAGGUUAAGGACGCAGAUAUAUCCUUUCACAUGUUCGAGUUCCUCAGAGCUUCAUCAGCCGUUCGUGAGACCCACUACACGAUUGGAGCCGACGACUUUGACGUUCAAGGUCAGUACAAGUGGGGCGACGGCGACAUUGCCACGUGGACCAACUGGGCGUCGACUGAACCAAGCUCGCCCACAGAGCGGUGCCUGGCUCUCGCCUGGUUCUUCUACUUCAAGUGGAACGACAUCCCCUGCACGGAGCACAUGAGCUUCAUCUGUCAGAUUGACGGCGUCUAGAUCCGGCACGCCCACUGACUUGACAAACACAGCAGCCAUGUUCGGGGACCAUUUAAUAUUCAGAGAAAGUGCUGUGUGUCCAGAAUAAAUUGUGAUGGGUCCUCCUUGCAUCCACCCACCCCCAGCCCCACACACAGAGAGAUAAUAUUACAUGGUUGUUUCCAAACUAUCACAAUAAUCGAAUGUACUGUUACAUCCGUUAGUUUUUUAAUUAUGAAUUAUGGAAAUUAAACCAAAGAAUUAUUAUUAAAUGUGUGGAUCCGACAAAAUCGACUCCUGUCAGAAAAUAUGAGUGAGUGAGCAUGGUUUUACGCAGCUUUUAGCAAUAUUCCAGCAAUAUCACGGCGGGGGACACCAGAAAUGGGCUUAACACAUUGUACCCAUGUCGGGAAUCGAACCCGGGUCUUCGGCGUGACGAGGGAACGCUUUAACCACUAGGCUAUCCGACCGCCCCUUCAGAAGAUAUGAAUGUCUAGAAGCAUUGUUCAGUGGGGUGAUGCGCUAUUCUUUAUUUGUGAAAGUUGAUCAGGCGUCAGGCGCCUGGGGUUUAAUUUUUUUUUAGAUAAUACUGAAAAAAUUACUUAUCUAAACGUAUGGUCAUUUGUCGUUGUUUACUUCAGCAAGCCAUCUCUAAUAACUAAGCCUGCCGUGUUUUCAAAUUAACGCACAAAUGUAACCUGUAGACUUGAUGACUUGAAUUUAACUUGGAUUCGAACGCACAUCGUGAGAUUUUAUAAGUUAGAUAUUGCACUUACCCACCAGGUUCGUACUCCGAAGUUAUGUUGAAAUGUAACGCGACCUGUCUCCACCUACAACAUUAUUACGGUUGUCACGUGACUCCGCAAGAUGCCCUGUUUCCCCAUCGUUCUCAUGACUCAAAAAGGGUAUCGGUUGGUCACAAUGAGGGCUUAGUGUGGUCAGUUAUACGACGUACGCUCAAGAUGCUGUAGUCGAUGCUGGAACCCUGUUGAUACACCCGGCGGCUAACGACGGCCAAGCCUCCAGGGUCUGCUGAUUGUGGUUCGAAUCCCAGGCGGGCCCCAAUGGUUACCCAGUGUCUAAAGGCGUCGUCAUUCUAUGUACAGAGUUCCUUUCCUUAGCUGCCGGAAUAGUUCGGUCGGUUUGAACUGAUUAUAACUUAACUAUAUACAUACAACCCGUGAAGAUCCGGGUUAGAAUUGGUCUUUAAUAACCCAUCCUUGUCGUAAGAGGCGACUAACGGGACCAG